UCUUAUUUUCUCAUCUCCUAAUUGAUCCUUGUUCAGUGUUUUCUGAAAGUGUAAAAUAGAUGCUGUUUACGUGUUAAUUAAAUAGAGAUAAGUCGUUUACAGGCAGGUUUAUGUUAAAUCUUACAAUCAAUAAUAAAUUCAUGCCAUGUCAAAGGCUAGACAGCAGCAGGCGGAGGAACUGCGUCAGCUUGGUAACGAGUGUGUAAAGAGAGGUGAUUAUAGCGAGGCUGUGUUACAUUACAGUCACGCCAUCAAGCAAGAUCCAAACAAUCAUUUUAUUUAUAGUAACAGAUCUCUCGCGUUCCUGAAGCUACAGCAAUACUACUUGGCCGAACAAGAUGCCGUUCAUGCUAUAAAACUACAGCCAAAAUGGCCGAAGGGUUAUUUUCGAAAAGGCGAGGUAGAGUUCCAGGUCGGACAUUACACCUCAGCUCUUCUAUCAUAUAGUCAAGCUUUGUUGUUUGAACCGAGUAAUAAGGAAGUACAACAAGCAGUAUCCAGGACCAAUGACCAACUUGUCAUUCUACAGAAAAAGAAAAGAAGGGAGCCAUGGAUAUUUUGUGGAGUUGGUGCAUUGAUAGGAUUAUUGAUAGUCAUAGCUGACCAGUUCCUUACAGUAAAACCUUCUAUACAGAAUGUGAUAAUACAAUGUCUGAUGGUGAUGACAUUUUCUAGUCUUGGAUAUGGUGCCUUAAGAAUUUACAGAUAUAUAACUGACUCACAGACAAGAUCAUUGCUUGACCCACCUAUUGAUCUUCUUGAUGAGAUGGGAGCAAGUUCAAACACAGAUUCACCAGACGACACUGACCAUGUGAAUAAUAAGCAGACGUCAAAUAAUAAACAAUCUGAUUCCAAACCUCACAGAAAGGGCGGAGUUAGUGCGGCCAGGCAGAGGUACAAAAAGGGGAAAAGCUGACACAAUGGUGAAAUCUAAGUCACUUUUUAAAAAAAAACUUUUAACAGAAUUUGUUAUGUAAAAUAGUCCAUACAGAUGCUAAAAGCACAGUUCGCGAUGUGUAAUAUUGAAAGAAAACAGUUUAUUUGCGUUUGGUAUCUUUGUAGUGGAGAUUUGUGCUUUAAAGAGAGUGAUCCAAAGGAAGUGGGAAAUAUUGAAGUGUUGUGUAAUUGUGAAAUGAUGGAUGCUGGGUAAUGAAACAACUAUAGAAAUUUGGAAAACCAGUCUAUGAGUAUCUUAGCAUUUGAUUGGUUGUCUAGAUUUCGUUGUUUCUUCAAAUUGACCAAUGACAUAAUUGCAUUACUUGACUGGUAUGCAGUUGUUUUUUUUUGUUUGUUUUUUUUUGAUGACAAUAUGCUUUGACUAAAUCCAAUUACAUUUAGUAAAUAUAUGAUUUUUUCUUUCUAAUUUUGAAUAAUUUAUAAUUUGGUGCCAUUUAAUCAUAUUCAAGUGUUUGCUUUUCAUCAUGUCACUCAGAUUUUGUGUGUGUUCUUUUUGUUUAUUUUAUUUAAAUGUGUUCAAAUUUGG